GCUGGACCUACGCACGGGUGACGAAAUUGCCAUUAUCCCACCUAUCAGUGGGGGCUAAAGUUGGGAAGACCUUUUCAGUUCUAGAGAUAUCAUGAAUGGAAUUGGGGAUGAACCCAAGGACUUCAUUAAAUUGACUGAAGACAAGCUCUCGGCAGACGAAGUAUCAGCCCUGGUGAUUUCUCCCUGCUGUGGUGCUGUGUCCCUGUUCAUAGGCACUACCAGAAAUAACUUUGAUGGGAGGAAAGUCAAGUGCUUAGAAUAUGAAGCGUAUGCAUCCAUGGCUGGAGUGGAAAUAAAGAAAAUAUGCACUAAUAUAAGAUUAAAAUGGCCCUCAGUCAGACAUAUAGCAGUACAUCAUAGACUUGGUACGGUUCCCAUUAGCGAAGCGAGUGUGAUUGUGGCGAUCUCGUCUCCUCACAGAGCAGAAUCUCUUGAGGCUGUGCAGUACUGCAUCAAUACUUUAAAAGCAACAGUACCUAUCUGGAAAAAGGAGGUCUAUGAAGAAGAAUAUUCCUGGAAAGAAAACAAGGAGUGCUUUUGGGCUAAGACAAUGAAGUAGACUUCCAAUUUGUGGGACUGCUUAGUUUUGUUAAAAAUAAUACAGAAGAUGGAACUAGCAUAUGAGUGUAUGGAACCCUGGUUGUAGGUUAUAAUUUCUCCUUUUCUAUCUAGUCCUUAUUCGCUGCUGCCACCUCCUGCUUCAGUUGGGAAAAGUUAAACUCUGAGCCACAGGUGAGUGCUUUGUCAACUUUCCCCAGCUGUUGCUGGAGUAGCAGAGGUGGGAAUGAGUUGAUGAGGAAUAUUUGUGAAUGUAGCAUGCAACCUGUUGAUAUGUUGUGUCUUAGAAUGUGAGCUUGGGCAUCUCCAGUUGCAUUGACCUGUUUCUCCGCUUCAGCUCUUCAUUUAUAAUAUGUGGAUAUAAAUACUAAUGAGCCUUACAGGGCUAUUGUAAGGAUAAUUGAGAUAAUGUAUGUGAAGUGUUUUGAACACAUGAAAGACCCAUGGAAAUACUAAGCACAGAUAAACCUGUAGUACCUCUUGUGGCAGUCUAUGAAGGCCUGAGUUUUAUUAUGCUUUUAGGAUUUUACUUUGGUGUCAAAUGUAAG